AUGACAAGAAAGUUUUUCCAUGGUGCCACCCAAAGAGCCACACACCCUCUGGUUUGGUUUGCGGCUGUUAUCUGCACUGUUAUUGCCAUAGCCGUGAUCAUCACGGGGAUCGUUGUGUUCGCGGGCUACAUGAUCAUCCAUCCGAGGGUGCCUUUCAUCACCGUCACCUCAGCUCACCUGGACAACUUUCAAAACUCAGUGGCUGGUCUUCUUGACACAGAAAUCACCAUUGUUGUGAGGGCUGAGAAUGACAACACGAAAGCACAUGCCAGCUUUUCGGAUACAAGCUUCACACUGAGCUUCCAAGGCCUGAAAAUUGCCAGGUUGGUGGCAUUGCCAUUUGAUGUGAAGAAAAAUAGUUCGGUGGAUUUUCAUUAUUUGGUGCAAUCUUCAUCGAUUCCAUUGAGCCCUGAGCAGAUGGAUCAAAUAGAUAUUUCAUUGAAGCGAGAUAAAAUUAGUUUCGAUUUGAAGGGGAAUUUGAGAGCAAGGUGGAGAAUAGGGCCGCUUGGCUCUGUAAAAUUCUGGGAUCAUUUGAAUUGUCACCUCAGGUUUCAUCCUUCAAAUGGAAGCUACAUACACUCACCUUGUAGCUCCAGGGCAAAAUAG